AAUCCCACGUAAUCAAUAAUCAUCCCAUUCUGUUUUUUUCUUCCCCUUUUUUCCUCUCUCAAAAAUUAGGAAAACAAAACAUAAAAAUAAAAACACGGGAAUCAGAAUCAGAAUUGAAUUCUCCACUUUGUUCUUCCUAGUAAGUAAAACAGUCAUCCCCUUCCCUCAACGGAUUUUCCUAAGUUUAUCCCCUACAAAUUCCCGCAAACCAAACAGAAAAAAAGAAAAAUCGAAAGUGGCUUUACUUUGAUCUUUCCCUCACUUUCCUUCUCUCCAAACACCUUUCAAUUCGGUGAAAAUGCAAGCGUCAACUUUCGCACUCAAAGGAAGUGUCGGUUUUGAGGUUCGGAGGCGGGGAGCGUUUCAAGGCUUCGGUGGAUUUAGGAGGAGAAAUUUAAGUUUCAGCGACGAGAUUUGCGUGAGAAAGAGUGCCGUUUUCUGCGGAUUGCGCACCGGUGAGGAUUCCAUGGGCGCUGAGCUUGCGCGUGGAAGAAAUGUCAUCGAAAUGGUUAACUCGUCGGUGAAGGCUCGAUCUGUCAGGGUUCAAGCUUCUGGUCUGCUCGGAAUCAUUGAUUUCGUAGUUAAUUGCUUCUUUUUUUUGAUUGUUUGUUCAGUUCAGUUCUGUUUUGAAAGCUGUGUUUCGGAAAUUUGAUGAAUCGAUUUGUGCUGUUUGUUUGCCUUUUGGACUUGUAUGAGAUGCCAAUGCUUUGCAUUAGAUGCCGAUUUGCACAAGUAAUGGAGACAUUGAGGAUGUGAAAUCUCUUAAUCCUAAAGUGAAGUCUUCUGGGACAGUUCUGCCAUUUGUUGGAGUUGCUUGCUUGGGAGCUAUUUUGUUUGGUUACCAUCUAGGGGUGGUAAACGGUGCUCUUGAGUACCUUGCCAAGGAUCUCGGGAUUGCUGAAAAUACUGUCUUACAAGGAUGGGUUGUUAGCACACUGCUUGCUGGUGCUACCGUUGGUUCGUUUACUGGGGGAGCAUUGGCUGACAAAUUUGGAAGGACAAGGACUUUCCAGUUAGAUGCUAUCCCGCUCGUAAUUGGAGCAUUUCUAUGUGCAACAGCCCAAAGUGUUCAGACCAUGAUAAUUGGUCGCCUACUUGCUGGGAUUGGAAUCGGUAUCUCAUCUGCCAUUGUACCACUUUACAUAUCUGAGAUCUCACCAACUGAAAUUCGUGGUGCACUUGGUUCCGUAAACCAACUCUUCAUAUGUGUUGGGAUUCUUGCAGCAUUGGUGGCUGGAUUGCCUUUGGCAGGAAACCCUCUAUGGUGGAGGACAAUGUUUGGUAUUGCUGUUGGCCCCUCUGUUCUUUUGGCUCUUGGAAUGGCUUUUUCCCCAGAAAGUCCUCGGUGGCUGUUUCAGCAAGGAAAACUUCCUGAGGCUGAAAAGGUUAUAAAAACACUAUAUGGGAAGGAAAGAGUUGCUGAAGUUAUGUAUGAUUUAUCAUCAGCAGUUCAAGGUUCUGCAGAGCCUGAGGCAGGAUGGUUUGAUCUAUUUAGCAGCCGCUACUGGAAAGUUGUGAGUGUUGGUGCAGCACUUUUCAUGUUCCAACAGUUAGCUGGGAUAAAUGCUGUUGUGUACUAUUCUACUUCUGUGUUUCGCAGUGCUGGAAUUGUAUCUGAUGUUGCAGCUAGUGCCCUUGUUGGGGCAUCAAAUGUCUUUGGCACGGCUGUUGCAUCCUCUCUCAUGGACAGACAAGGAAGGAAGAGCCUUCUAAUCACAAGCUUUGCUGGAAUGGCUGCUUCUAUGUUGCUGCUUUCUUUGUCAUUCACCUGGAAGGUUCUGGCUCCAUAUUCUGGGACACUUGCUGUGGUGGGGACUGUUCUGUAUGUGUUAUCCUUUUCACUUGGUGCUGGUCCAGUGCCUGCUUUACUUCUGCCGGAGAUAUUUGCUUCCAGAAUCAGAGCAAAAGCAGUAGCUUUGUCUUUGGGAAUGCAUUGGAGCUCCAACUUUGUCAUUGGCCUGUACUUCCUGAGUGUUGUAAACAAGUUUGGGAUCAGCUCCGUGUAUCUGGGAUUCGCAGGUAUCUGUUUUCUGGCCGUAUUGUACAUAGCUGGUAAUGUUGUUGAAACAAAGGGGCGAUCAUUGGAGGAAAUAGAGCGUGCUCUUAACCCAGCAAUCUGAUUUAGUCAGCUUCGGAAAUCCAUGUGAAAAUAAUAUCUCUAGGGAUCUGAGUUCUUCUUCUUGCUGGUCUCUCAUGGAGCUUUCCCACUUGUAUAGAUGAGAACUGGUACUGGGAUUUGUUCUGUCCCCCCUUUCCCUUUCUUUUGCUCAACCGGUUAAAUCUUAAAUGCACCAGCUUUCGAGAUUUCAUAUUGGUAGUUGGACUGAGGUAUUGUCUAAUUGUGUGUUAGCAAAAUAACGUUUGUGGAGAUAUUUGUCUCGUACAGAUGAGACCUGGUAGUGGUAUUUGUUUGUUACCUUUCCUACUCAUCCUCAAAACAAUUUAUCAAUAAUUUGAUGCAAGAAAUCACUUCCAGAUAU